UCUUUUACAGAUUUAUCCAGAAACGGAACACUGUCACUCAUUCUCCUUCAGUUGCCCAACUCAUAAAAUACCCAAAGAGGAAAUCACCUGCACCAACCCUGGAACAAUAUGGAGAGCUCUUGGAACUAAUGACACAUUCAAGGAGUUAAACCAAAUGGACAGGAAGACACCGAAAGGGUGUCAUUGUCAUCAGGAGUUUUAAGGGGUACAUAGUGAAGCACUUUCCAUGUUGGCUGAUCAAAGAGGAUGACCGUCUCACUAUUGAGAUGGUCACACAUGCCACAGAUGAACCUGCAGGGGUCACGGAUCAGGAAACAGACAAUUAUGUCACUUUCUCUGUUGAGACAACGGGAGGGAAAAACAGCAAAUCAAAACAAAUACUUGGAAACAAACAACUGGAGUCCUACGGACCUCUAUGUGUCUAUGCAAAACAGAAGGAGGAAGUGAAGAAGGCUCUACGAAAUGAUGGACGCUUCUCAAACAUUGUGUUUGAACAGAGAUGCCAGCUCUCUGAGCGAUCAACAGGAAGCAAGGUUUCAAUGGGGCAAAUUGCAAAAAAACUUAAUGGUAGAAACUUUGAAAUCUGUCUGACAAAGCAUAAGGAGAAAACGGCAAUUAAGAUGGAAACAUCUGACUCCACAAUAAAAACAAAAAACAUUGUAACCACGCAAACAUCUCUGUUCAACCCAAGCCCUGACUCUGAAGGAGACGACACACAGAUGUCUCCAUCGACGCUAACAACACAAACAUCAGAUGUAGGGGAGUCCUCUUCGAGAAGAAAGCAGAAAUGAAAAUGCAUUCCCGUGCCAAAACAUGGUGAAAUAUUGACGAUCCUUCGCAACCAGUUUGAAGAUCUGGUGAAGCAGAUGGAAAGUAGGAGGGAGGACAGCCAACAGAAGACAUUUCCUGAAGAGUUGGAUCUCAUGAAGCAGGAAUUCGGGAAAAUCAGACAAAAGUUCUCUGAGGUUCACAGAGUGAAGAAAUUGAUUAAACUUGGUGCCUCCGUUUGUCAGGUGAUUGUUGAAGGUGUUCAGGGUGUUCUGGGGACAGGCUUCGUGCUGUUUGACAACUACAUCCUAACAAAUGCACAUUUGUUUGGUGAAAAUGUAAGAGAAAACAUACAGUUGUUAGUCGAUGUAUCUGUAAAGUUCAACUUUGAAAAUCCAAAUGGAUCCGAUGUGAACGUAUUCAGAGCAAAAACCCUGCUGAUCGACUUUCAAUAUGGACAUCAGGGAAAACAUUAUAUCGACUAUGCCAUACUGGAGCUGGAUCCUCAGAAUAAGAAACAACGGCAAAAGGUUCCUCCUGGUCUCCUCCGUGAAUAUGGCCCAGUCCCAGCAUGCGGUGGGGCCUGCCUCAUUGGACACCCAGGUGGACUGGUGAAACAAAUGGAACCCACCUCCAUCAUUGGCAGUGAGAUAAGAGAGGAGGCUGCGAAUAAAUAUAAACGGGAAAAGGGACAUGCAAUCUUCACAAUAAACGAUGCCCUUGAAAAAGAGAAAAAGCGUUACGAGGAAGUGAUGCAGGAGAACAAGGACGACUUUGUGACCUACAACACCUCCUUCUUCCAUGGAUCUUCUGGCUCGCCAGUCUUCGAUGACCUUGGUCGAGUGUUUGGCAUACAUACUGGUGGCUUUGAAUAUGAGGAUAAGCGCACUCAGAGCAAACAGAGUGUGUUAGAGUACGCCCUCCCUCUGCUCCCCAUAUUACGGAACUUUGUCAUCCGUUUGGAGGAGGACAACAAUCAGGCAGUUUUGAAAAGAGUUAAGGAAGAGGUACAGGAAAACGUCUUCCUGAAUGAGGCUCUUUUCACGACAGAUGGUGAUGAGCCUAUGGAUAUGUCGUAGGAGAUUGUUGCAAAUACAGCUAAUUCAAUGCCACCCAGUGGUUGUCCUGGGAACAACACAACAAUGCCACCCAGUGGUUGUCCUGGGAACAACACAACAAUGCCACCCAGUUGUUGUCCUGGGAACAACACAACAAUGCCAUCCAGUGGUUGUCCUGGGAACAACACAACAAUGCCACCCAGUGGGUGUCUUUGCAAAUACUGUAACGUUAGUAUUUAUGUUCAACCAUUCCAUUAGUGCCUUUUGGGCAUUUUUAGGAUAUUGAUAGAUUACUUGUCCGAGGUCAAAGGUACAUGUUUAAAAAAAAUAAAAUGUUUUGUUUUAUCUCAUGCACCUUUGUUUUCUGUAAUUCUCAUCACUGGUUCCUUAUGAUGUAUUCUGCAUUUCUGUGAAGCAUGGUUUCUUUUGAAAAAUAUACUUUGGUCUCAGUGGGCCUUCUCUGCAAAAAUAAACAUUUCAUAGAUUAAGACAUCUACCUAGAUCAGAUUGCAACUAUCUAAAUGUUGUUUUAUUGUGUUCUACAUUUUGAUUACUUGUCUUUUUCUUUAACUUGUUGAAUAGAGUAAUGUGGAAUAGAAUCAUGAUAGAAUCAUGUUGAAUAGAAUCAUGUUGAAUAGAAUCAUGUUGAAUAGAAUCAUGUUGAAUAGAAUCAUGUUGAAUAGAAUCGUGUUGAAUAGAGUCAUGUUGAAUAGAGUAAUGUGGAAUAGAAUCAUGUUGAAUAGAAUCGUGUUGAAUAGAAUCAUGUUGAAUAGAAUCAUGUUGAAUAGAAUCAUGUUGAAUAGAAUCAUGUUGAAUAGAAUCAUGUUGAAUAGAAUCAUGUUGAAUAGAAUCGUGUUGAAUAGAGUCAUGUUGAAUAGAGUAAUGUGGAAUAGAAUCAUGUUGAAUAGAAUCGUGUUGAAUAGAAUCAUGUUGAAUAGAAUCAUGUUGAAUAGAAUCAUGUUGAAUAGAAUCAUGUUGAAUAGAAUCAUGUUGAAUAGAAUCAUGUUGAAUAGAAUCGUGUUGAAUAGAGUCAUGUUGAAUAGAGUAAUGUGGAAUAGAAUCAUGUUGAAUAGAAUCGUGUUGAAUAGAAUCAUGUUGAAUAGAAUCAUGUUGAAUAGAAUCAUGUUGAAUAGAAUCAUGUUGAAUAGAAUCAUGUUGAAUAGAAUCAUGUUGAAUAGAAUCGUGUUGAAUAGAGUCAUGUUGAAUAGAGUAAUGUGGAAUAGAAUCAUGUUGAAUAGAAUCGUGUUGAAUAGAAUCAUGUUGAAUAGAAUCAUGUUGAAUAGUCAUGUUGAAUAGAAUCAUGUUGAAUAGAA